AUGACAUCUAGACAGGGUGGGGGAAAUGGGGGUGGCGGGGGUGGCGGGGGUGGCGGGGGUGGCGAGAGAACCGCGAGUUCGCCGAGCAGCGGUUCCGAGGAGAAUGGAUUCGUGCAUCGGCCUAGGGUCGCCGGACUCUACGCUAACCUCAGCAGGGAAGAGUUGGACCGCGUCUCCGAGGAGGGAAUAUACGGGCCAAGCGGCGACCCCAACGACAGGAGGGAGGCCUCGGGGAGUCAGAGGAGCCUGAAUCUCCCGUCCACCGGUACCGGGGGUCACCCGCGUCCUCAAAGGAUAUCGAGGACCCCCCAACCCCCGCGAAGAUCGGCGGGAUACGGGGGCGGCAGACGACCCGAAAAGCCUCGGAGGUCCUCGCCCGGAGGUCUGGGACGGUCCGGAUACGCGGACGACAUCCCCGUGCGGAGUUCGUUGACCUCUUUGACGUCGCGGGAGGGAGAGCGGGGAUCGGCGGAGCUGGGAAAUAUCUCCGGCGAACCGGAAGCGCCGCCGAGGAGACCCACGGAUUUCGGUUCCUCGGCGAGCGUCCACCAGACUCUUCGACGCCGCGACGUCAACGACGACUACGACGAUUCCAACGUCAGAAAAUCGCCGCCUCCCUACGCGGGCCUCAGCCCUCCCGAGUACGAAUACGGGGACACCUUGUCGCCGCUUUUUCCGAGGUGCGGCGGACCAUCGUCCGCCAGGUCUUACGCGAGCUCGUCGUGUUACUCCGAGUCGAAACAACGCGCCCGCGACGACGUCCUGCCGGGUUUCUCUUCCUACGAUCCCAGGGCGGGGAUUCGAUCGGAGUCGACGGAUUCCACGAGGCAAGACGACCACUUCCUGAGCCCCCCGGAAACCGCCGCUCACACCCCGGUGCCACCGGCCUUUCAGGAGAAAACCAGUCCGGCCCACUGUUCGUCGUCGGUGGAAGUUUCGCCGCGAACGAGGAUCACCGCCAAGCCUCAAGACGGUACCAGGCUGAGGCCUCCGUUGUCCGGGAUAGCGGGAACAUCCGCGGAUUCCGGAACGGGGGAUUCGGGGAGCGCCGAAAUUCAGGCGGACGCGAUCGGACCCCCCCAACCGCAGCCCGGCUCCUGUCACCCCGACAAUUUGAGCGUGCGGAACGUCCCCGUCGACAAAAAAUCCCCCGGUGGUGUGAACAAAGGUGGAGGUGCCGUGAAGCAAACUGUAAAGCCUUUCACCAAGGAGAGUCUCGAUCGACUCGAAAACCGAACUGUUCAACUGGUACGCGAGUAUGGAUUUCAACCGCGAAGAAAAACUUCCGUCGAAGACGGCGCCGUGCUUCCACACAAGUUCGAGCCCUUUCCUUCCGACUUGUACGGCCGACCGUUGGAGGAAAUUGACAAUUUCAUUUACGACGAGUGCUACGUUCCCACUUACCGAGGGAAUCCCUCUUAUCUCCAGGAUGUAACUGCAUUAUAUGCGCCUAAUGCUCGUAAUAUCAAUGAGGAGCGCCAGGCAACUGCUCGGAUCUGGUCAGCUGCCACUCGGCAUCAGCUCCGCGCGAGAAUUUCAAGGAGAGUCAAAUUUUUUCGUCACUUCGCCGAACGAUUCGAAGCAGUUCCUGCGCCUGAACGGGAAUUUUAA